AGUCAGUCAGUAAAUCAAUCGUGCAGCCAGCGCCCGAUUGCCGUUGUCCCCUUCAUCAAAAGCAAACUCAAGUAACUCAGAUCAACUCAACGUAGCCAGCGAUCAAGCCAUGCACAUUACUGUAAAUACCAAAUCAAAACUAGAUUCAUAAAUAUAUACAAUAAACCCGAAACCCAGUAAUAAAAAAUAAAAAACACAAGGCAAAACCAAAGCAAACAUAAACCAAAACAAAAGUGCAGUGUUCAGUGUUCAACGAGAGUGGAAAGCGAUACGGCAGGGCAACAAAUCGAGCGAAGGAAAGCCAUCAAGGUGAGAGGGCGGCCAAGGGCUGCCCCCCCGCGAGCAGGAGGACGCCAGCCGGAAAAGGCCAGAACAACAGCCAGCAGCAGCCAACAACAGCAUAACGCCCCCAACACUGCCAAUGCCAUUGCCAUUAUCAAGAACAACGUUCGUUCAUCAUCGUUCGUUUAGAUUUGACACAAGGUUCUAUCACGCAAACUAAAGCCACAUCUUGUUGCGGACACCGUUAAGCAGUAUAUAAGUCGGGCCCAACGCACAACCAAAAAGGGUUCUCAAGAGCAACAAAAUAACAUGGAGUUUUUACGCGGCGUCUAUGCGUUUAUGCAAGUGAGUAGAUCAUCGGUGUCUCAUGUCAAAAUCGAUUCACCUGUUUUUCGCCUGCACACCAACGCAACGGUUAUAUUACUGAUCACAUUCUCGAUUGCUGUGACGACGCGGCAGUACGUAGGAAAUCCCAUAGACUGUGUACACACAAGAGACAUUCCCGAAGAUGUUCUCAACACAUAUUGUUGGAUACACUCAACGUAUACAGUGGUCGAUGCGUUUAUGAAGAAGCAAGGUUCCGAGGUGCCUUUUCCCGGAGUUCACAAUUCACAGGGCCGCGGCCCUCUAACAAUAAAGCACACAAAAUAUUAUCAAUGGGUAGCGUUUACACUAUUUUUUCAGGCAAUCUUAUUUUAUACACCAAGAUGGCUGUGGAAAUCUUGGGAGGGUGGCAAGAUUCAUGCGCUCAUCAUGGACUUAGACAUAGGCAUUUGUUCCGAAGCCGAGAAAAAACAAAAAAAGAAAUUACUUUUAGAUUAUUUGUGGGAAAAUUUAAGAUAUCACAAUUGGUGGGCGUACAGAUAUUACGUAUGUGAGCUGCUCGCCCUUAUAAAUGUGAUAGGUCAAAUGUUUCUUAUGAAUCGAUUUUUCGAUGGCGAAUUUAUGACAUUUGGCCUGGAUGUGAUAGAUUAUAUGGAGACCGAUCAGGAAGAUCGCAUGGAUCCGAUGAUUUACAUAUUUCCCAGAAUGACCAAAUGUACAUUUUUUAAAUAUGGUUCAAGUGGGGAGGUGGAGAAACACGACGCCAUUUGCAUUUUACCAUUAAACGUUGUUAAUGAGAAAAUUUACAUUUUCCUUUGGUUUUGGUUUAUCUUAUUAACGUUUCUCACAUUAUUAACGCUAAUAUACAGGGUGGUUAUUAUAUUCUCGCCUCGAAUGAGGGUCUACUUAUUUCGUAUGCGAUUUAGGUUAGUGCGUCGUGACGCUAUUGAAAUAAUCGUUCGUCGUUCAAAGAUGGGCGAUUGGUUUUUGUUGUAUUUACUAGGUGAAAACAUAGAUACAGUUAUAUUUCGUGAUGUUGUACAGGACUUAGCGAAUCGUUUAGGACAUAACCAACACCACAGGGUGCCUGGCUUAAAAGGUGAAAUACAGGAUGCAUGAUAUUGGGAGUAUUAGAAACAAUACAAAAUGCAAUUUGUCGUCUCCAUUUGAAAACCAUCUCAAAACUCAACAACUAAACUCAACAAGAACAAGACUAAAACAAAAUAAAAAAUACAACCACAAGAAAAUCUAGAGAUCUUCGCAGCAGCCGCUUCAUUGAAAACCACAAAACACCGCUAAAAAAUCUUUAAAAAAAUAAAAACGUAUCUUAAAAAUACAACCAAAAAAACUAUCGUCAGCGCAGUCAGUCAGUCAGUCAGUCAUACUAGUCAAGCAUUUUCAACGUGUCACGAGAAAAAGGAACGGACCGAAGACCUAUCGAUAGUCGAUAACACCAACCAAUUAUCAGCAACAACAACAACAACAGCAACAGCAUCUGGGCGAAAUGGAAGCGGACGUAAGCAAUGAGGAAAAAUGGAGGAAAAUAGGAAAAACAACAAUCCACGCAAAACGAACGUCAUUUUUUUGUAUUAAGAUCAAUCAAUCAAUUAAGGAAUCGAACAGCUGGAGAGCAAGCUAACAACAACGGGAAGUUCCGGCCACAAGGGACUUCCGGUCAGGAUCUGAUGGCCGGCGGCGCUUGGCAACCGCUGCCGGUCAAAGGUCACAAGGUCACAAGUCACCAAAGGGAUCGCCAAUGGCGAUCAGCGUAACCAUAGGAAAGUUGCCCCAAAGGACAAGGUCAAAGUGUGAGGAGAACGGAGAACAGCGACACAGGACACCAACGGAAACGGAAACGGACAGGAGCACCGACACAUCACACGCUUACAGCGACAUCACUCAUACGCCACCACGCCGAGCGGCGACAUUACCCAUACGCCCCGUAGAACGCACACGAAAACGCGCGAUAUCGCAAUCGAUACAACAUACAUACAGACACACAGACAUAUACACACACACACACACCUACACACACACACACACCGCACCGCACUUUGCUUGUCAUGCAGCGUUAACUAAACCAAACAUCAACAAAGUCGAGACGACGCCCGCGGAAAAUUGCAUUUCUGUAUUACCCAAAAAAAAAAGAAGAAAAUCGAAUAGAAUUUCUGAGAGUCAACAUCAGCAUCACUAUCACCACGAAGAAGCAAAGAAGCAGAAGGCAGAGGGAAAAGCGUAAACGAUGCAGCAGCAGAAACAACACCACGAAAAGCCGGGAAAAUUGGGGAGAAGUGAGGUGAGGUAGGCAACCCCAUCCGCUCUCAGUUCUCCCCAAGAGACGCCCGGGGCCCGAAGAAAGUCGAGAGAAUCGAAAGGGGAAAAUGCUAAGGCAGAAACGUAAGAGUAACAGUUUAAUUAAAUUAAAUUCAAUUAAAUUAAAUUAAAUUACUUAUUACAAUGAUAUCUUGAAGUGUUCAUGUAUUCGAAUGUAGGUUAACUAAGUCAAGCAUACAAAUAAUUCUACAUAUAUAAAUAUAUAUAUAAAACGAUAUAUAUAUAUAUUAUAUAUAUAUAAACAUUUUUUUUUGUCUAACUCUAAGCAUUUGUAUUACUCGCUAAACAAAUGAAAACAAAGCAAAAAAAACAAAAACCACAAA